CGGGCGGCUCGUACGGAAGCCAGUCUCUCAAAAGAAACGAAACAGAUUUGACGUCGUUUUGCAAAACAUUUUGAAGAGAAAAAAAUAUUCUGAAAUAUGGCCUUUAUGAUGCCCGUGGUUAAAAACGAUUACGAUAUCUAUAAGUCUGCUCGCUCACGGCGCAGCUCCGAGUGCUCCAAUCCGUGCAGAUCCCGCAAGGUGUCAGAGUGCUCUAAGUCCGAGGGUCCUUCCUCGUUGUCGACCUCGCCGGGCUCAGACUUCAUAGGGUCACCAGCCAGGUCCAUCCCGAUUUCCGUCUCGAGGCAGUCCCGAUCCUCCAGGAACUCCCAGUGCAGCCUGCAGUCGCCCAUCAAGUCGGCAUCCAACUCGCCUCCCAAGUCCAACUCGACCAACUCGCUCAACAAGUUCCACAACAGGCUCGUAGACAGGUUGAAAAGGUCGCUUAAAUGCAAGGACUCUUCAGACGGUGAGUCGACGGAGAUGCGAGGAGAGCUUCUUGAGAAAAGAAGACGUCUAUUUAGUCGCCGAGGAGAUUCGAAAGAGUCGACGCCACUUUUCGUCGAAGAAAGGACGAAGAAAAGCGCCUUCGCCUCUUUCGUCAAAAGAGUCCUCAGGACCAUAUCAAAUCCUUAACAUGCAUAAAACAAUCGGUAAGGAAGGAAACACGAGCGCAUUCAUCCGACCAUGCCAAGCAUCCCAUCGGGUGAAAACAUCAUCAUUCCAAUAUUUAUUAUUAUUUCUUUUAUCCAACUGGUGUUGAUUUUGACUGAGUUCCGUUUAUUUGUUGUUUAAGGGUUUUUGUUUUCCCAGUAUGAAAAUUAUUAAGUGUACUUACUACUUUUUCGCGAUGUGUUCUCGAAAAAUCGUCUAUACAUUUUAGUACUUGUAAUAAAUAAAAACACUCUUAGCUAGAAGAGAUUUUAUAUUAACAAUAUUUUUAUAAUUUAAUAUGUUAUAAAAGCAAAUUGGACAGAGGUUUUGCAGUUCCUUUUUUAUACAGCAAGUGUACGAAAAGUUACUUCAUCUUUUAGUACUCCUAUGUGUGGAAUUUCUGAAUUGUUACCAGAUUUUUUAAAUUGAAAAACUAAAGUGAAAAUUAGUGCUAAUUGUUUGUCUGUGAUCCCUACUUGGUAGGUUCGUUUUAAUUCUUGUUAUAAAUAUUUUUUGGUUAGAAAAUAGUGAAAAAGAAUAUUCGUAAUAUAUAUUUAAAAAUAAAAACGGAAAAGAAAGAUUCCAAUCCGUGGUCCUAGUCAUGUUUUGAUAUAAAACAAUAUCAUUAAAAAAAAUGUUUUUUGAAAAACCGGCCUUUAGGCUUUUGCGUUGAAAUCGCUUCGACUAAACUUCAUUAGGUCUUUUGGUUUUACGAAAGCUCUCUGUCUUUUUCAUAAAACAGAAAUCUGAGGUUUUCCCUAUCACGAUGUUCAAGUUUUUCCAUCUUCAAAAACUAUCUAAAAAAAUCAAACCAUCGUAUUUCAUGAGUACUAAAACCAACCUUUAUCAACAAUAAAAAAGGAAUAUAAAAUAAAUAAAAUUACAAGACUGGAAAUAAUUGAGUGUUCAGUUUCAAAAAAAUACAUAAAAAUACAUUAAAUAAAUUGAAGAUUUUUACCGUAAAAAAGAAAUACACAAAUGUAAAUUUGAUAACAAAACCUGCCUCUGUUCAUACUUCUUAUUAUUUUUGUAAUUCCUUUUACAGUGAUUAAUAAUAAUCAUAUAUUGUAAAUAAAUUUAUCAUAGUUUUAUUAUAAUAUAUAUAUACUAGAUGUGUAAUUUAUAAUUUACAUAUAAAAGAGUGUAUAUUUGAAUGAAGGCUGUGAUGCAUUUUAUGUUUUAAGCUUCUACAUUGUUUUUCUUUCUUUAAGUAUAAUGUACGAAUAAAACAAUUGUAAAAUGUAUAUUUAAAAAAAGAUCAAAUAAAACUGUUGCCUGAACGACUACGUCGUUUCUUGAUAUAAACUAAGCUUAUGUAGAGAAAAACUGUUAAUUGAAUUCGUGUGAUAUUGCAAAUGUACAUGAUUUUGUAGACAAUUGUGUAUCAAACGCUUUUUAGUAAACCAAACGACUUAACCAUUGUUGUUUUUAUUUUCUAACGGCCUCGCAGGUCUUCUCGCUAAGAGAGUUUGUUGAAUUAUUGUUGAAGCCGUUUGGACAUGUAAAUGUAUCAACAGCUGUUACUCGUCAUCAUUAAGCUUUCACAGCGUCUAUAAAAAGAGGAUUUCAUAUUCGGAACCAAAUUUCUUUUUAUAGUAUAUUGAAUAUUUUUGUACUCAUUGGAUAAAACGAACAGUGUAAUCCAGGCUUUACAAUAAAUUAAAUUUGUUAUUUGUACAUUGCAUUGUUAUUCACAAUAUAUACAAUUUAAGUGAU